CACAUAACCAACCUAGUUUCCAAUGACUUAGUGUGGAUUCAGACUUCAGAAAAACAAGAAGAAUUUAGACCAAGUCUAAGAGCUCUCAGAGUAAACGCUUAUGAUCAUAUGUACAGAUCGGUAGGUAGCUAUUAUUUCCGAAGGGGCUGAUGUUUGAGAUGAAAGAAAACAGAGAGACCGCCAAGGACGACAAGGAGUUGCCACAAACACCAAACCAAAGGCCAAGAACACAGUUUCUUCUCUUUUGGGGGCAAUGGUUUGUCCUAAUGCUGCUGCCUUGCUUUGGCACAUCUGCCUGUGACAAAGUGAACAGUGACGCUCUCUUGUCCUUGGCUCUCAAGGCACCAUUGAAUUUAAAUUGGUCUGCUUUCACUGACUGUUGCCUUUGGGAAGGAAUAACCUGCGGCCCAGGAGAUCAAGGACAUGUCAUCCGGCUUUGGCUGCCUAGGAGAGGCUUAACUGGUGUCAUCCAUCCAUCUAUCACAAGCCUCACCCAUCUCACCCACCUCAAUCUUUCCCACAAUUCUCUCCUGGGUUCUCUCCCUGAUGAUUUGUUUUCCUCUCUCUCUAGUCUCCAAGUCAUUGACUUGAGCUUCAAUCAUCUCAUCGACCGCCUACCACCCUCUUCAAAUAAAAUCAGUCAGCUUCAAGUUCUGAACUUGUCUAGCAAUUUCUUCACUGGAACAAUCCCAUCUUCGAUCCUUGUCCCAUCGGUGUCCAUUUUCAAUGUCAGCAACAACAGCUUUUCCGGGUUGAUACCCAUCAACAAUGGUAGCAAUCACACAUCCCUUACCUUCUUGGACUUGUCCUACAAUCAACUCACUGACACAAUUCCCCCUGGAAUCGGAUUAUGUUCCAAGCUCCAAGUUUUCCGUGCAGGCUUCAAUAACCUCUCUGGUUCUCUCCCUGAUGAAAUUUUCAACCUUUCUGAUCUCCGACAGCUCUCUCUGCCUGUCAAUAGUCUUACAGGACCCAUCAACGACGUCGACGGUAUCAUGAACCUCACCAAUCUCCAGAUCCUGAAGAUCUUUUCAAACCAGUUAUCUGGGCCAAUCCCAAGCCAAAUUGGUAGCCUUUCCAGGUUGGAAAAUCUGCUGCUUCACAUCAACAACCUCACAGGCCCCUUACCUCUAUCUCUCGCCAACAGUACAAAGCUGUCUGCUUUGAAUUUGAGGGUCAACAACUUGACUGGAGACCUCUCUUCCUUCAACUUCUCCCCUCUCCAACGCCUCACCACUCUGGACCUUGGCAACAACAACUUCACUGGUGAGUUCCCCAAAAGCCUCUACUCUUGCAAGUCACUAACAGCUAUUAGAUUGGCCGGGAAUCAGCUCACAGGUCAGAUAUCACCUGAAAUAGUUCCAUUAGAAUCCUUGGCUUUCCUCUCCAUCUCUAACAACAGCAUGACAAAUGCCACUGGGGCUCUUAGGAUUCUACAGGGUUGCAAGAACCUGACCACUCUGAUCUUGUCCAAGAAUUUUCUGUUUGAGCCUGUGCCAGAUGAUAAAAGCCUAGGAGACCUAGAUGGAUUCCAAAGCCUUCGGGUUUUUGCUCUUGGGGGUUGCCAAUUCACAGGUCAAGUACCCACCUGGCUAGCCAAGCUUAAAAACCUUCGAGCCUUGGACCUGUCAUUUAAUCUUAUAACCGGUUCUGUUCCCGGUUGGUUGGCUAGUCUGCCCAAUCUUUUCUACAUAGAUUUGUCCAAUAACCUCCUUCAAGGAGGAUUUCCUAAUGAGCUCUGUCGGAUGCCGGUUUUGACAUCGAAAGAAGCCAGUGAUAAGGUAGACAGAACUUAUAUAGAGUUGCCAGUAUUUGUGAAUCGAACCAAGGCUUCUCAGCUAUACAGUCAACUGUCCAACCUCCCCCCCGGCAUUUAUCUGAGUAACAACAGCCUUAAUGGAAGUAUCCCCAUUGAGAUUGGCCAACUGAAGUUUAUUCAUGUGCUGGACCUGAGUCACAACAAUUUCUCUAGCAGCAUCCCGGAUCAGAUUUCUAACCUCACCAACUUAGAGAAAUUGGAUCUCUCCUAUAACCAGCUAUCUGGCCAAAUCCCUGCUUCUCUUAAAGAUCUGCAUUUCCUGUCUUCCUUCAGUGUGGAAUACAAUGAUCUUCAGGGACUUAUACCUUCCGGAGGCCAGUUUGAUACUUUUACCAUCUCCAGCUUUGAAGGAAAUCCAGGCUUAUGUGGCCCUCCAACUCCCAAGCGCUCUUGCCAUCAAAGCCCUCAAAGCCCUCCACAAGUACUUGAAGUUACUCGGAGAUCUAAGACACAGACGAUUCUUAUUGCACUCAUCUUUGGGAUCUUCUUUGGCAUUGGCUUUGGUUUUGGUUUUAACAUGGAUGAUAAAAAAAAUUCCAAUAAUUGGCGGGCGUAGGAAGUAACUAAUUAAGUUUAUGUGUAUAAACCUGCUGAUAUGUAAGUUUUGAUGUGCCAACAUUUUGAUCCAUGUAUGGGAGUUCAUCACAUAUCAAAAAAUGGCUAUGCAUUUG